GUGGGGAAGGAGGGGCUGCAGGGGCCAGUGUACCUCAGACCCUCUCGGUGGGUGGGGCUGGGGACAGGGGUGUCUGGGAAACAAGCCUCCCUCUGGAAUUCAGAGUUCAGCCGCUGUCUAAGUCACAGGCUCCUGGAAUCUAAGACAAGAUUGAAGCCUGCAAAGGGGCAUCCCCAGGGCCAAACUCCAAAAGGACAGCUUUGGGCUACGCGCGAUGUGGGCGGCCCUGCUGCUGCUGCUCGGGCCGCUGGCGCUGCGCGCGAACUUGGCAGGGCCUCCCCAGGAGAGGCUCCCUCUUUUCCGGCUCACCCAGCAGGGCGCCUGGGGGACGGCGGCCAGCAACUCCACCGCCUCGCCCUGCGAGGGGCUCCCGGUCGCCGGGGCCACGGCCUUGACCCUGGCGAACCGCAGCCUGGAGCGCCUACCCGGCUGCCUGCCACGCACGCUGCGCAGCCUGGACGGCAGCCACAACCUGCUGCGCGCCCUGAGCGUGCCCGAGCUCGGCCGCCUGCCGCAGCUGCAGGUGCUGACGCUGCACCACAACCGCAUCGCGGCGCUGCGCUGGGGCCCCGGCGGGCCGGCGGCGCUGCACACGCUGGAUCUCAGCUACAACCGGCUGGCCGCCCUGACGUCGUGCGCGGGGCCCGCGCUGCACAGCCUCCGCGCGCUGGCGCUCGCCGGGAACCCGCUGCAGACGCUGCAGCCCGGGGCCUUCUCCUGCUUCCCCGCGCUGCGCCUCCUCAACCUCUCCUGUACGGCGCUGGGCAGCGGCGCCUACCCGGGCAUCGCCGACGGGGCCUUCGCGGGAGCGGGCGGCACGCCCCUGGCCACGCUGGAAGUCCUGGACCUCAGCGGCACGUUCCUCACGCGGGUUCAGGCAGGGUGGAUCAGAGACCUGCCAAAGCUCACAUCUCUCCGCCUGAGGAGGAUGCCCAGGCUGACGAGCCUGGAUGGGGACAUUUUCCAGAUGACUCCCAACCUGCAGCAGCUGGAUUGUCAAGACUCGCCAGCACUUACCUCUGUCCACACACACAUCUUCCAAGACACUCCUCACCUACAGGUCCUUCUAUUCCAGAACUGCAACUUGAGUUCCUUCCCUCCUUGGAGCCGGCAUUCCUCCCAGGUGCUGUCUAUCAGCCUCUUUGGCAACCCUCUCACCUGCAGCUGUGAGUUGUCCUGGCUCCUCAUGGAUGCAGAGAAGACUGUCCUAAGCAGGGCAGCAGACACGGUGUGUACAGCAGCUGCUGGAUCCGCAGGCACCUUCCCAGCCGGUCUUUCGCUCUCCCAGCUGCCCAGUGUAUGCCCUUCAGACCAAAGCACCCCCCUCCUUGAUUCCAACCCACCUUCCACUGGUCCGUCCAGUCAACCUGGGAGAGGCCGACGGAGUGUCGCCCUGACCCCCUCCCUCCCAGUGGAUUCCCUCACAGGAGCACAAACUGCGUGGCCCCACUGCGGUGUCAGUGGAGGGACUACCCCCGCUACCACCACCUCUCUGGCAGAUUCCAGUGACUCCGGCAUCCCACGCAUGGCUGCAAGCACAGCCGGGACUGAGCACCAAGUUGCCCUCAUCCGGGAGCCUGUCUGGGUCGCCUCCACCACACUGACCAACGAACCCCUUGGCCUCCUCCCUGCCUCCCAGAACCCAGUGAGCACGCACCAGCCUGGCCUGAGGACACAGGCCUCCCUGCAAGCUCCCCACCUGAGUCCUUCCGAGGGUGCGAUUCCAGUCGUGCUGUUGGACGACUCCAGCGAGGCGGAGGACGGGGAGGAGGUGGCGACGCCUCCACAGUCUGCGCCCUGUGAUUACCACCCCUGUAAGCACCUCCAGACCCCGUGCGCCGAGCUACAGAGGCGCGCGCGGUGCCUGUGCCCCGGCCUCAGCGGGGAGGACGCCGUCCCGGACCCUCCCAAGCUGCAGGCAGUGUCGGAGACUACCGACACGUUCGCGCUUGUGCGCUGGUGUGCCCCCAACUCGGUGGUGCGUGGUUACCAGAUCCACUACUCCGCCGAGGGCCGGCCCGGGAACCAGUCGGUGGUGGGGGACAUCUACGCCACGGCGCGGCAGCACCCCCUGUACGGGCUCUCGCCAGGCACCACCUACCGCGUGUGCGUGCUGGCGGCCAACAGCGCGGGCCUGAGUCAGCCGCGGGCCCCGGGCCGCCACGCGCCAUGCGCCGCCUUCACCACCAAGCCCAGCUUCAUGCUCAUCUUUGCAGGGCUGUGCGCCGCCAGCGGCCUGCUGCUUGUCAGCACCCUGCUGCUCUCCGCGUGCCUCUGCCGGCGACGCCGGACGCCACGCCGGCAGCGCUCCGACACACACCUGGUAGCCUACAAAAACCCAACCUUUGACUACCCGCUGAAACUCCAGACCUUCAAUUAGCCCAGCGCCCCUCUCCAACCGAACUCGAGCUGAGAAACUGGCCACCUGCGUAAGGAGAAGACGAUACAGAGGAUCCAAAAUGGCCCCGUUUGCCCUAAAGGUCUCCAGUUCCCAUGAAAUCAGGACUCUUCAGGCACUCUGGGAACUUGCCCUGUUGUUUCUCAGUUCAAGGAACCACUGCCUUCCCUUCCUCCUACUUCCCUGUUCCCAGAAACGUCAGGGUUCAAACCAGGCCACUCCACUGCCACUGAGCAUUCUUGUGUUUUUAUUUGUGUUUUUCAGCAGUCAGUGCCCCUCCGUGUCCAGUAGAAUUGUUUUGGAAUUAGAAAGAGCUAAAACAAAUCCCAUAAUCCAGCUUCUUUUGCCAUGUUGGAAGACAUCCUCCUUUCAGGGGAAGUUCCCUUGCAGUCAAGUUCUGGCUAAGGCCGUUGUUACUCGAGGGGAUUCUUCUCGGAGAACCGGGGUUGCCGGAGGAUGACUGGUUGUUUCCCGAGGUCUUGCAGGUUUAUUAGUUGCAUACCAGGAUAUGG